AUGCAUCUACCAUGGCAAAGACCGUACGCAACAGGCACGCCGCUGCCAGGAAGUCCGGAACGACACAGAUCCUUGGACGACUCAGCACAAACCAGCGAAGCCGAUUUAAAUGGCAAUAAAAUACUCUUGACGCUGAAGGAGCGUGUUAGACAUUUUGUCUGGACCUGGUUUACCAUGACGAUGGCGACCGGUCAAUUAGCGAAUGUCAUCUUGACUGUGCCUUAUGAAUUUCAUGGCCAAUAUGCUAUCGGUAGCAUCUUCUUCAUCACCAACCUCAUUCUCUUUACCUUCAAUGUCACGAUGAUCUCCCUUCGCUUUUACUGGUACCCUUCCACCUUCAAGGCUUCGCUCACCCAUCCCACCGAGUCCCUCUUCGUGCCUGCCUCUGUCGUAUCGUUAGGAACCAUCCUCACCAACAUCACCGAGUUCGCUGUUGGCAAUGAAAAGUCCGGAUACUGGCUGGAGCAAACGAUGGUCAUCUUGUUCUGGAUAUACUGUGGUCUCGCCCUCGCCUUUACCUGCGGCAUCUACCUGGUCAUGUGGUCGACCCAAACCUACACAAUCUCUCAGAUGACCCCAGUAUGGAUCUUCCCAGCCUACCCUCUCCUGAUCAUAGGUCCCCAUGCUGGCAAGCUUUCGUCAAGAGUAGCCCCAGAAACGGCUUUACCCAUCAUCGUUGGAGGCUUCUGUCUCCAAGGCAUAGGCUUCAUGAUGUCCCUCAUGGUCUAUGCUGCCUUCCUUUAUCGCUUGAUGACGCAAAAACUACCCAAAGAGUCUCUCCGUCCUGGUAUGUUCAUCUCUGUCGGUCCCUCUGGUUUCACCAUCGCCGGUGUCAUCACCAUGGGUCAAAAUUUGCCUGGCUGUAUACCAGAAAACUUCAUGGGUGUGGGACAAAUGGCUGGAACCAUUUCUCUCGUGAUGGCAAAUUGGAUGGGUAUAUGGCUAUGGGGUCUCGCCAUCUUCUUCUUUAUCGUAUCUUGCGGCGCGCAUUGGAGUUGUGUCAGGCAUGGAAGGUUGCAAUUUGCUUUGACGUGGUAUAGUUUUAUCUUCCCUAAUACUGGGCUGACUACUGCCACUUUCGCCGUCGCACGCGCUCUAGACCACUGCCGCCCUAUCCGCAUUCUCGGCUGCGUCUUCACUUGUCUUCUAGUCGCAGGCUGGUUCUUCGUCUUUGGCAUGAUGAUCCGCGCAGUCAUCCUCAAGGAUAUUCUAUGGCCGCAGAAACAAGAGGAUAGAGAUGAGGGUGGUUGGAAGACUGAAGAAUCGGGACUUAGUACUACUGCUAGUCGGUCACAAGCACAGCAGCAAUAUCCGGAGGGUAGUUCUAGAAGACAGGCGGGCUUGUUGUCGGCGGACUAG